AAUACUAUUUAACAGAACUAUCUAAUAGCCAAAACAUGUUUGUGAUUGAUUAAUAAUGUACAUGUCAAUUUUUUUCAAGUAACUGUUUAUGUGACAUCAUAGUGUUCUUCUUUUGUUGAAAUAGCGCUUACAUUAUGCAUAGUCAAGAUGUAUUUAUGCUGGUUUUGUGAUAAUCGUUUAGUUAGGAAACCUCUAUCGGACGUUCGAGUCGAACAUUUUCUUUUUGUUUUCCAUUCAGUAGUGAGACUAUCUUCAUCAGUGCGACUAUCUAUUGCAGUAAAACGUUCGAAAUGGAAAAAACAACUAUAAAAAUUGAAAAUGGUCAAAUUCGCGGUACAAUAAUUCAUAGCAAUGAAGGGUAUGAUUAUUAUGCUUUCAAGGGUAUACCUUAUGCAAAACCACCCAUCGGACCUUUAAGAUUCAAAGACCCAGUUGCCUGUGAAAGUUGGUCAGGAGUAAGAGAUGCUACAAACUUUGGAAAUGUAUGUGUUCAAUUUGAUGCCGUGAUGCGAAAAUAUUUGGGAAGUGAAGAUUGUCUAUAUUUAAAUGUGUACACAAAAGAUAUAAGUUCAGAUAAUUUAAAACCUGUUAUGGUUUGGAUACAUGGAGGUGGUUUUUUGUACGAUUCUGGAAAUGACAUGCACUUUGGACCCGAUUAUCUUUUAAGAAAAGAUAUUCUUUUAGUGACGUUCAAUUAUAGAGUCGGAAUUAUGGGUUUUUUGUGCUUGGAUGAUGAAAUCGCGCCUGGAAAUCAGGGUCUUAAAGAUCAAGCAAUGGUUCUAAAAUGGGUAAAGAAAAAUAUUAAAUAUUUUGGUGGUGAUCCAGACAAUGUGACGAUUUUUGGUGAAAGUGUUGGUGCCAUUUCUGCACAUUAUCACGCAGUUUCUCCUAUGUCCAAAGGACUAUUUCAUAAAAUUAUUUUUCAAAGCAGCUCGGGAUUCAAUCCAGGAGCUAGAAUUAAUGAUCAAAAAAAAUUUGCCUAUAAAUUAUGUACUUUUUUGGGAAAAUAUAGUCAAGAUAGUAAACAAAUGUUUGAUUUACUAAGUAAAACCGAUGCCCCACGUUUACUGAAAGCUCAAGAACAAGUUAGAAAAAAUAUAGGUAAAUUUCAGGGAAUGUUUCCAUUUUCUCCCUCUAUAGAUAAUAAAUCAAAAGAUCCAUUUUUACCUAUACCAUUUGAAGAAGCUGCAGCAAACGGAAUUGAUUUUCCAGCUAUCAUAGGAUAUAAUAGUCGAGAAGGAAUAUGCUAUUUAACAGAUCAAAACAAUUUCAAGGCGUACUCGAAAGAAUCAUUCUCAUAUUUGGAUAGGAACUUUGAAAAAACGCUUAAUCCACGAAUUUUGGAGCUUUUAAAGAGUUAUAAUUUAAAACCAAAAGAUAUUAGAGAAUUAUAUUUCAAUGACGAAAAAAUUUCUUUGGAUAAUUGUCACAUUUAUGCUGAUAUGACUGGCGAUUUACAAUUUGUUGAAGGAAUACAUAAGGCUAUUAGAAUACAAGUCCAAAAAAAAACUAGUCCAAUUUAUUUGUAUAAAUUCUCUUAUGACGAUGAGAUAUCUACGAGUAAAAAUAUUCUCAAUUUAGAAAUUUCCGGAGCUUGUCAUUUCGAUGAAAUAGAAUAUUUAUUCAAUGGAGAGUUUCGAAAAAUUGGUGGUUUUCAACCCUUACGUAAAGGAACACCUGGUUAUAAGGUCAUGGAAAAUCUCACUGAAUUAUGGAGCAAUUUUGCUAUUCAUGGCGAUCCUACUCCUGCAUUUUUUGAACAAAAGUGUAUUAAAUGGAAACCAGUUGAUGAUACUAAAAAUUUUACUUGCAUGAACAUCAAUAAGGAAUUAAAAUCAGAAAUUAUACCAAAUAUAGAGGAAAAAUUCAAAGCUUUUAGUUCAAAAAGAAAUUAAAUAAAACUAAUAGGGUAGUCAGACCAAUCAAUGACC